UGUACCUCCCAGACCUGCCUGAGCUGCCUCCGCUGCUGCUACUCCCACGCUCUCUCUUACCCCUACUGACAAGAGCUGGGCCCAACAUCAUGGCUGGCAAUACUGACAUCUCUUACAGCUUGCAAGAGUACAUCACUCAGCUGCUGAAGCCCCAGAAGAUUUGUCUCAUGCGGCAGGUGCAGCUAAACCAACCCAAGGGGAAGGCUGAGAGCAGGGUUCUGGUGAUGACACUCUGGAGAGCUUAUGUUGUCCACAGUAAGCAACCUGCCAGGGUGGAAAGCUCCUUCAGCUAUUUAGAGAUUUAUGCCAUCAGCAUUGAGAGUCUUAAUCAGGUGGUGAUUGAGACGGACAGACAGACCUACUCUCUCAGUCUGACGUCUGUUGAGGACCUCGAGGCUAUGGUCAGUCAUGUGACAGCUUCUCUGAAGAAGAUCUUCCCUGAUUCAUCUCCAGGGAAGGUCCUGAAGAAGAUCCCUCCAGACCUGCAGGAGCGGCUGUGGAACCUGGCAACCCGGGUGGAGGAGCACCUGACUGGAACACUGGGACCAUGUGGAGGCUUCUCAGAGACGUAUGCUGCUCUAUGUGACUUCAAUGAAUUACCUUGCAGAGAGGAAGUCCAAUGGGAUGUGGACAACAUUUACUAUGUCCAGAAUUGUCGGGAAUUCAACCUCCUGGAUUUCAGUCAUCUGGAAAACAGAGAUUUGGCCUUAUCAGUGGCUGCACUUUCCUUCAACCAAUGGUUCACCAAGAUCUCCAGCAAAGACCUCAAACUGAGCUCAGAGGUCCAAGAGCAGGUUCUCUUCAUGAUCAACAGAUCCUCCACUUUGGAGGAGGUGUGUCUAGAGGGAUGUGGGCUCAAACUGGAUUUUGCAGUGAAGAUGGCCUGUGCCCUGCGAGAUCACACCUGCUCCGCCAUCCACACCAUCAACCUGUCAGCCAAUCACAUAGAGGACAAAGGUGUGAUAGCUCUCAGUCAGGAACUGGAGAAUCUGCCCAAUGGUCUCACCCAGCUGUCCCUCUCCAGGAUUAGUGUCUCUCACAAAGGUCUAGGAAAUCUGACUCAGGCGUUACGGCAGAACAAGGCCUUCUCCAGCUCUCUGUGUCACCUGGACCUGUCAGGGAAUACAGGCAUUCUGGCUACAGAGGAAGCUGUGAACCUGUUUAAGUUCCUGUCUGGGACCAAUGCUGUAUCUUACCUGGACCUGAGUGGCACAGACUGCCCUGUGGACACUCUGUUUGUAUCUCUGUCAGCAGGCUGCUGCCCCAACCUGGCCCACCUCAACCUGUCCAGAAACCCCUUCUCCCACAGGAAGGUGAGGGAAGUGACGAGGGCUGUAAAGGAAUUCUUCAGUAAGAGCAAUGAGCUCAGAUACGUGGGAUUGGCAGGAACCAAACUACCCCCAGAGGCUCUCAGAUUGUUGUUGCAGGGUCUUGCCACAAAUACUCAUCUGUGUGGGCUGGAGCUAGACCUGAGUGGCUGUGAGCUGAGGUCUGCUGGGGCCCAGGUGAUUCAGGAGCACAUAUUUGAAGCCAAGGCCAUCAGCAGUCUGGACCUCUCUGACAAUGGUUUUGAGAGUGACAUGGUCACCUUGGUGCUGUCCAUCGGUCGUAGUCACUCCAUUCGCCAUCUGGCUUUGGGACGCAACUUUGCCAUGAAGUCCAGAGCUCUAACAGAUGUCCUACAGCGUAUCGUCCAGCUCAUUCAGGAGGAGGAGUGUCCCCUGGAGUCUCUGUCAGUGUGCGACUCCAAGCUGAAGACAGGCACCACCAUCCUCAUCAACAGCCUGGGUUGCAAUGCCAGCCUCACUAAGAUAGACAUCAGUGGCAACUGCAUCGGAGACACUGGAGCCAAGAUGCUGGCCAAGGCCUUACUCAUCAACACUAAACUCAGGACUCUGGUCUGGGACAGGAACAAUGUGACAGCCAGGGGAUUUCUGGAUGUGGCCAAUGCUCUAGAGAGGAACUUCACACUGCAGCACAUAUCCAUCCCCAUGAAUGAUGUCACACACGGGUAUCGUAACAGUCCUGAGAAGACAGAGGAGGCUCUGCAGAAGAUCCAGUCGUGUCUGAUCAGGAACAGCCAGAGAAAGUCUGCAAGCCCAGACCAGAUACUAAACCUCCAACAGGGCCUGAAGACCGUACGCUCUGAACAGCUGGUUCAAGGUCUGUGUCAGAGGUUACAGGAGAGUGUCCGACCUUUAGCCCCCUGCAAUAUACAGGAAGUGCAGUCAGACAUAUUGGCUGCAGAGGAAGUGCUUCAUAAUACUAAAACCUCCAUUAUGCUAUUGCCUUCACUUUAUGAUCUGGUGAAGACACCCUCCAGUGGUGCAAUGCUGCAACACAUACUGAAUGACACGGCCAAAACAGUCACCAACGAAAUAACAGAGGAGAUUCAGGAGCUGGCUCAGGCCUUGUUGCAGUCAGCCCAGACCCUCUGUCCUAGGGUCACCCACAGGUCAAGUGUCUGUGAGCAGCUGGCUGACUGUGUGGCUAAGAAGUCCAGACAGACAGCUCUGUUCAUCCAGGACACCUUCAUGCAGCACAUAGGAGAACUCAUCAGUAACAAACUAAGUGAACUCAAACUGUCAGUCAGUGUCUCCUUGGUGGAAAGUAUCAUUGAUGAGGUUCUGCUGGACUUGUCUGUGGCUCAGCAGAAAUUGGACCGUCAUAUGAGGGAGCAGACCACCUCUGGACUCAAAACCAACGUCCCUCAUCUACGAGUGGUAGACCAUGACUUCCCCAUGGAUGAUUAUGUUCCUGUCAUUUGGAGGAGCAGCAUCCACUCCAAGAGUAUCCGUCCAGCACCCUCAGUGAAAAGUCUCCUGGAUGUGGACUCGGAGCAGCAGGCAAGAGAGAGCAUGCAUUAUCAGCAGGAAGGAGCAUGGGUAGGAGGGAAUGUGCAGGCGUUGUCGUCAACGACGACACUGUCAGUCACAGUGGGAGGCCAGCUGAAAUCCGAAAGCCCCUCCCACACAGGGAGAGAGGCGGAUGCUGCUCCUGCUCCUGCAGCUGCUGCGGCUCUUAGCAACAGUGAGCCCCGGUGCCCUGAGCCCGCACCUCCUCAGGCCCCUAUGGACCUGCCCAUCGACUGCCACACACUGAGGCACUACACCCGCUCCAGGCCCAGACCUAACCGCCGGAACAGCAAGCCGCCCAGGAAGACCCAGGAGCAGGCAGCUGAGAGUGAAGAGAAUGGAGCCAAUGAGACCAUUGGCAGGGUGGAUGAGGGAGUAGAGGAGUUCUUCACUAAGAAGAUCAUCCAUGAUGACUCUCUAAAAGCGCAGAGGGAGGAGAUCCUUGACAAAGCACAAGCCACAGAGUCAACUUCCACCACCCCUGCCCCUCCCAGCACGUCUGCCCCGGCCCUGCCCCCCUCCACCACCACCUCCUCUAGCACCUCUUCCUCCUCCGCGACUGAAACAACCACCCUUUCCUCCGCCCCCUCCAAAAACUUCAAGAAGAAGUUUGGGGACUUCUUCGCCUUCAAGAAAGGCCGUGCCAGCCGGGGGUCGAAGGGCGAGGUUUGCCCAGAGGGCAAGGUCAAAAAGACCUCCAUUGCAGAUCUAAUCAGACCACUCAGGGAGGCAAAAGAGAAGGAAAAAGAGAGGGAGCGAGACAAAAAGGGGAAAUUGGAAGAGGAGAGGGGUGCUAAGGCCACCAGUGUUAAUGAUUCUGAUGCCACCACAACAGUAAGAGCAGCAGAGGACAACACCAUGGCCCCCGCCACUCCCUCUGACGUCGCCACUACCUCCGCCUCCCUGCCCACCAGUGCCUAUGCCCAGGAGAAGGGGACCCCCAUGUCCCCCAGCGCUCUGACCCCCAGCCCCGUCAUCAGCCCUAUUGGGGGGUUCUUGGUGGAGAGGGAGAAGAGCCGGACUCUGGAGAAGAGCAGGACCCCAGAUGGAGAGAGGAGGCUGAAGGCCACACGGCGCUCCCUCAGGGAUGGGAAGUCCCAGUCCCUCAUCCUGCUGACAGGCCUGGAGGAUGGCACUGCCACACAUGGAAAGAAACACGCAUCUGAGAGCACAUCCAGCCUUGAGCAGCGUCUCCACGUCAUGCUCCACCGCAUGGGGGUGACCAAGACACCUCCUGCAGACACAAAGACCAGCCAGAACAAAGAAGAGGAGCUGAGAAAAGCCAACUCAGAGGGUGCAAUUCUUGACAAAAAACCUGAACCUCCAACCACGUUGAUGAAGCCUCGCACUAUGUCCACAUCAGCUUCAGACACCAGGUGGCCAAUCAGAGCAGGCCUAACUCCUCUGGAGGCUCUCCGAACAGAUAAGCCCCUCCUCCCAGGACGACCCAUCGGCCCCCUCCCUCCCAAGCCCACAGUGGCAGCCAAACCCCCUCUCCCUGCCCCCCAGCAGCCCCCUGCUGCAGCUAGGAUGUCCCCGGGGUUCCCCCGGCAGCCAAGCAAAGCCACAGGCCCAGAGACCCAGCCAACAGAACCAGAGCCCUCCCAGAGCCAGACCCAGCAGAGGGAGCCCCCCUGCCCCUCCCCCCGCAAGGAGACUCCCCCUGCCCCAUCGCCGCGCAGGGGACCCUCUGCCCUGGAGAGCAGGGAGCGCUCUGAGAGAGCACAAUCAGUUACUGAAGAGAGCCUUCCUAAACCCCGGCCCCGCAUGAAGCCCUCUCCCCAGCGGAGAGCUGUGUCUGUCUACGACGACUCUCUCCUCCGAGAACAUGCUGCUCUGCUGGACUAUGAAGAGCUGAAGGCAACAUUGCCACGAUUGCAGAGGUCACCAGCCCAGAAACGUGCCAACCCCGGGGAGCUCCCUACCUGUAGUGAGGACCAGCCUGAGGGGAAGGAUGCAGAGGAGGAGAGGACUGGCGAGGGGAUGGACAGCUGGCCAAUAACAGAGGACAAGCCAGGGCCAAGCCCAGUGGGGACCAGUCAGGGAGAGAGCACAGUAGAGAAGAGGGGAGAGACUGUCUCACAGCAGCACACCGCACAGGCAGAAACAUCAGACCAAAGAACUGAACCCCCCUUACCAGAGAGACACAUGGAUUGACCUGCGCAUAGUCUAUUUUCUAUUAUGUCUACCUUUGUCUUGCACGCCAGAUUAUGGAACAAAAAUAAUUAUAAACAAAAUGUUUUAAAGAGUAAAUCCAUACAUAUACUUGUUAAUUAUUAAAAAGUUGAUUUUGAAGUGUCAUUAAGUGCACUUUCCUCACUGCUUUAAUUUGGUGCACAAAGCUACAAAACCUUGGUUCAUUCAUUUAUCAAAUAUUCAGCAGUUUUGCCUGAAGUGCAUGGAAAACAUGAAACGGCCAAGGAAACAUUAUCUCAGUGAUGAUCAUAUAAAGCGCCAGGCUGUCUCAUGGAGUGCAGCCUGGAUCGUGGCCCCCUCAUGAUGAGUCAUCUGUGUGUAGUUUCUCCUUGGUAACGCCACAUUACUCCCCCCGUCCGCCACUGAGCCAUGCUGCUGCUGGGAGUUGGCUAGUGGAGGCAGUAAAGGCACAGGAGUGCCAUCUGUGUGUAUGGAGAGGCAGAAAGAUAGAGCAGGAGAUAAAUAAUCAGUAUUUACUCUGGUGUUAUGCAGUAUUGUCAAAAUGAGUUGAAAUCAGUCUGGUGUAAAUCAAUACCCUACUCAAAAGAUUAAUGUAAACAUUUUUUAUUACAUGAAAAUAUUAACAAUUGGCACUUAAUUUACUGUAAUAAAAUCAACCUUGUAAAAAACUAAAUCAAUCCAUGGAUUCAAAUCGCAUGGUAAAUAAAGAGCAUUAACUUAAUGGAAAUUGAGACAAACCAACCAGCUAUAACAAACAGUGUGCAGUCAUGCUACAAUGAGGAAAGUUAAAGAACUUUAGAAAAAAUAAACUCUGUGGAAUUGAGGUGUCCAAGGCUUAGAUAAGCAGAGCAUGGCUUUCAACAUGUCACUGCCAGGACGUAGACCAGCUCUGGCCUGCUGUUAACUUUAAUCACCACAAAUGUCUACAUUACAAUAAUGAUUCAUAACCCAGUAGUGUUAUCGCCAAGCCAACCUCAAUAUCCUAAUUGAUUCCUAUAACCUGUCUGCUCUCAAUCCACCCCUUGUAUUAUUUACUGCACUUAUAAUGACCACUACACUGAGGUCACUAAUCUGCUGAUAGUUUUGGACAAUCUGCAUGCAGCGGUGUUCAAUAAUAAAAAA